UAAACAUAAAAAAUUAUGUUGAACUACUUAUCCCCCCCCCUCCCCUCCAGAGAGCGUGAUCAGCUAGAAGAGCUGUUGAGAGGCCUGACUCCUAGGAAGGGUGACAUAGCAGAGGCCAUGUUGUUCUGUCUGAGUCAUGCCGAGGCGGCAGAGGAGAUCGUAGAGUGUGUCACAGAGUCUCUCUCCAUCCUCAAGACACCACUCCCCAAGAAGAUUGCACGUUUAUAUCUUGUGUCUGAUGUGCUGUACAACUCGUCUGCUAAAGUAGCCAACGCGUCGUACUACAGAAAAUACUUUGAGGCCAAGCUCUGCCAGGUCUUCUCGGACCUCAAUGCAACAUACAAGACGACACAGGGUCACCUCCAAUCAGAGAACUUCAAGCAACGAGUAAUGUCGUGUUUCCGUGCGUGGGAGGACUGGGCUGUGUACCCAGAUCCCUUCCUCAUCAAGCUACAGAACGUCUUCCUGGGUCUAGUCAACUUGUCAGCUGAGGAGGCGGCUUCCACUCCCAUCACAGUAGAGAAACUGCCGUUUGAACAUCUGGGCCCUAGUCUGUUGGCCCAGAAUGAGCCGGUGGAGGACAUCGACGGGGCCCCCAUUGGGGAGGACAUGGAUGGGGCCCCACUGGAGGACGUAGAUGGGGUUCCUAUAGGACUGGACGGGGCUGCCGUGGUGCCCGGCGCCCCUCUAGACGGAGCUUCCCUGGGGCUGGAUGAUCUGGAUGGAGUGCCCAUCAAAGCCCCGGAGGAGGACAUAGACGGACUGCCCUUGGAUCGUGCUGCGGCCAAAGCUGCAUCCUUUAAAGUAGCCCCUUCAAAAUGGGAAGCAGUGGACGAGUCUGAGCUGGAGGCACAGGCCGUGACCACCUCAAAGUGGGAGAUCUUUGAGCAGCCAGAGGAGGAGAAUAAGGACGACAGUGAUGAUGAGGACACCAAGAGUUCUCGUUCAGAGGAGCCUCCCAGUUACUCCAACCCCAUCAGAGACGACUUGGACUCCAAGACCAAGCACUCUGAGAUGAAUGAGGACAGACGCACCAAGCUACGGGAGAUAGAGGUCAAAGUGAUGAAGUUCCAGGACGAGCUGGAGUCUGGGAAAAGGCCCAAGAAGUCUGGCCAGAGUCUCCAAGAACAGGUGGAACACUACAGAACCAAACUGUUACACAAGGAAAAAGAAAAGGAGAAACUGGAACGAGAGAAAGAGCGGGAGAAAGAGCGAGAGAAAAAGGAUAAGGAGAAAAGCGAAGCUCGUUUAAAAGACGCCAAGAAGGAGAAGGAGUCUACUCCGACCAGGAGAGACAGGCGCGGUCUGUCUCCUGUGGUUGCUAAGAAACGGCGUCACAGCGGCUCGCCCGGCAGCCCCCCGAGGAGCAGCAGCAGACGGGCUCGCUCCCCGUCCCCCCGCUCGGAGAGGUCAGAACGUUCCGAACGCUCGGACCGCUCCUACUCCAAGGACGUAGCGUCGUCACGAUCCCGAUCCUCCCACAAAGAAUCCCCUCGCGUCACCAGCAGCAAGAAGUUGUCCAAAAGGUCUCCCUCUUUACCCCGCACGCCCAAACGGUCCAGGAGAUCGCGCUCCAGAACACCCAAGAAAUCCGCUAAGAAGUCACGGUCAAAAUCACGGUCUCCGCAUCGGUCCCACAAGAAAUCAAAGAAGAGCAAACACUGACAAAUCACAUCCCUGUUCACUCUCCCCUAUACACCCCCCCUAACCUCCACUAUACACACCCUCUCCCGUGAUGGAUAAAUAAAAGAAUGAACUGGAGUGGCAGCUCCGUUCCCUGCCUGAAUGUUCGUGUGAAGAAGAGGAUGAUGAAGAGGAGUAAUGGGUAUUCCAUGUUGGGUCUCGAUGGAUCCAGCCUGGUUGCCAGGUGAUGUGUGUCUGGGAUCUAGCAGGGUUGCCAUGUUGGUACUCAAUGGAUCCAGCAGGGUUGCCAUGUUGGGACUAAAUGGAUCCAGCAGGGUUGCCAUGUUGGGACUAAAUGGAUCCAGCAGGGUUGCCAUGUUGGGACUAAAUGGAUCCAGCAGGGUUGCCAUGUUGGGACUAAAUGGAUCCAGCAGGGUUGCCAUGUUGGAAUUAAAUGGAUCCAGCAGGGUUGCCAUGUUGGGACUAAAUGGAUCCAGCAGGGUUGCCAUGUUGGGACUAAAUGGAUCCAGCAGGGUUGCCAUGUUGGGACUAAAUGGAUCCGGCAGGGUUGCCAUGUUGGGACUAAAUGGAUCCGGCAGGGUUGCCAUGUUGGGACUAAAUACAUUUUGCCAGAAUGGAUCUAACCUGUAUAAUAAGAAAAUAUGAGCUGGAUAUGUGUCCUGCCCACUCUUCCACCGCCCAAUGGGGUUAAUCCUUGUAGUAGACCACACCCCCUGUGUGAUGAUGUAGUCUUUUUUCUCCUCAUGAUAUCCUUUUCUUUUUUUCACAAAUUAAUAAAAAGGAUUCAUAAUAAAAAAUA